AUGGCUUCACUAAGACUUGGCACUGAAAAGAAACUUGCUGAAUUUUUUUCAGUCACUGCACAAGGUGAGCGUGAUGCUGAAAAUGCCCGUAUUGCCCUCUCAGAAAAUCGCGAAUUUGAUCCUUAUGCAGCCUUCAAAGCUCUUGAUCGCUUCAAUAAUGGCUAUCUCAAUUACCUAGACAUCAAAUCGUUUCUUGAAAAAAAUCGAAUUUUUGCGUCUACCCAAGAAGUUGAUUUAUUAAUCAAACAAUACGACUCAGAUUCAGACAGCCGCCUUAUACUUACUCCCCAUCCCUCUUUAAAUUGGAACAAAAUAUCGGUCAAAUUUCCAUUUUUUUGGAUACUUUAACCCCUUUUAAAUCAGAACAAAAUAAUUUACAGGACGACUUUUAAAUUAAGACAAUAAUAAUUUUUAUAAAAUUAGAGCAGAAUAUUAUUUAAAUAGAUCAUCAUUAAAUAGAUUAAUUUUUUGAAUUAAUUUUUCAUAAAAAUAAUUUAGAAUGCAAAAUACUGUACUCAGUUCCGACUUUUUAAUUUUAAAAAUUUUUAUAACACUUUUUAUAAAGACAAUUUUAUUUUAAAUUUUUUAAAAAUUAAAAAAAUAUAAAUACACUUUUGAUUUGAACAGGAUUUUAGCGAUUUUCAGCAACUUACAUGCCCGUCUACAAGUGUAGCUAUCCGCGAUCUAGCCAUUAGCCGUUCAGGACCACUACGGCUCUCUUUAGACGUUGAAUUUUUGCUUUCUAGAUUAUUAGAAAAAGAAAUAAGCCUACAACGCCGUCUAGAAACAAUAAGAAAAGAAUUAGAAGCCUCUCCAGAUUUUUCUAUAUUUAAAGCUUUUGAGACGAUAGAUUAUCCACCUACAAGUUUUGUAACUCGUAACAAAAUUUUCGACUUUUUAAGGAAAAAUCUAGUUAGUGCUUUUAAUGAUGAUAUUGAUGGGAUUUUAAGAAGACUUGACAUAGAUGGCGAUGAAAGAUUGUCAUACGGGGAAUUUUCAGAUGCAAUUAAAUGUGCAAGUCCAAGUAUUGUUGUGCAUUCACCUGCAAGGGAAAGCCAAACUGUGAGGCAUUCAUCACCAUUACGAAGAUCUCCAAGUCCGAAUAGGACAGCUGAUAGAGAAUUUAGGACAAGUGGAUAUUUGGACUCUUCGAGAUCUUUAACAAAAUCAUCAUUUUUAGAAACCUCUGGGCUUAAAAGCCCGAGAAGAUCACCUACAAGAUCGCAGUUCUUAUCAAGUUCUAAUGGCUUUAAUAAAUCUCUAGAAACUUCUGGGCUUAAAAGUCCACGAAGAUCAGGAAAUUUAGAAAAAUCUUUAUCAAGAUCUCCUACGAGGUCUCAACUUUUAUCAAGCUCUAAUGGAUUCAAUAAAACUGCGAGGUCUCAGCCUGACUCCCCCCCCCCCCCUCCGUGAGCGAACAAAAAAAAUUUUGUUCGCUCACGGAGGGGGGUUAAUUUUUUUUUUUAAAAAAAAUUUAUAUAUAUAAUUUUAUAAAAAAAAUAUUUUUUUCGAAAUUUAAAAAAAUCCUAAUUUGCAAAAAUUGGGAAGCAAAUAUUAAUUUAAUUUGAAAAAUUUAUGUUUUAAAACGCAAUUUGUUUAAAAUUAAACAGAAUUAGCUCUAGAUUUCAUUAUACUAAUUAUCACUUAUAUAUCAAAAUUUUUUUCCAUUAAAAUUUUUUCUAUUAAAAAAAUUUUUGUUCACUCACGGAGGGUGGGUUUUUGGUCAAAAAAUGCCGAUUUUUCUAAUGGUUUUGUUCGCUCACGGAGGGGGGGGGGGGAGUGAGGAAUCUGAAAUUGUCAAUGUAUUUAUCAAGCAAAUCGGCUUAGACCGCGACUUGGAAGCUUCAAGAAGAGACCUUGCUUUAUGCUCAGAUUUCACACUAAUUGAUGCUUUCAAUAUUUUCGAUAUAAAUAACUAUGGAUUUGUCACCCAAGUUGAGUUCGAGGAAGGCCUAAGAUCACUCGGAAUUUUGCCUAUAAAAGAUGAAGUCUCAUUAUUAUUUAAACAUUUUGCCCUUGUUGACAGAAGAUUGACUUUUAGUGAUUUUUGUAAAAUUGUGACAACGAAAGAUUUGGAAUAUUCAAGAUUAAUUAAUGGAAGAAUUCCGCAGAACUUGCCAAGAUAUGAAAGGAGAAGGACAUUCAGAUUGAAUACAGAAGGCUUGUUUGUGAAAGUAAUGAAACUGCUUCUAGAGAACGAAAGUGUAGCAGAAAGCUUAAGGCAGCAAUUAGAGAGAAGGCCAUAUUUCAGCAUUUCUGAAGCUUUUCAAUGUGUGGAUAAAGAUAGAAAUGGCUUUAUUACAUUCGAUGAAUUCCAAGUGUUGCUAGGCGAUUAUGGUAUUUAUGUCACAAGAAAAGAUGUUGAAAAUUUAAUGGAAAGAUAUGACAAAGAUAGGGAUGGGAGAGUUUCUUAUUCAGAAUUUUUAAAUGAAGUAACACCUAAAUCUCCAAGGAGAUACUAA